AUGGGAAAAAUUGAUGAAUUAAUAAAAAAAAUCGAUAAUUCCGAUGCCAAAAAAUAUAUUGAAUAUUUAAUUAAAGCAGAUCAAACCGAUCUUAUAAAUCAUGAAGGCUUAAAUGAAGAAAAUAUUUUUGAUAUCAUUAAACAAAUUAAAGAAUUUGAAAAAGAAUAUCCUGGUGGAUUAAUUAAAUAUGUAGAAAAAGCAAAAAGACUUUUUAAACAAUCACAAAAUGAAGUUGAUAAAUAUGCAAAUUAUAUAAUAGACCAUCCCGAUAAUAUAGUAAAAAUAAAAUUCCAUUUGAAAGAAUUAUUAUUUCAAGAUGAUACAAGUAAUAAAUUAAUAGAUAUAUAUUCUCCCCAAAACUGUGAAUUAAUUAAUUAUGAAAAAAAUUUAAAGGAAUUUGAAUUGUCUAAUUUUAACAAUAAUUCACAUGUUAUUGAUAUAAAGAAUAAAUCUAAAUAUUUGGAUAAAAAUGUGACUUUACCAAUAAAUAUAUCAUUAUUAGAAAAUAAUAAUAUUUCUGAUACAGUAUAUGAAAAUAAAUGGAUAUUAAAUAAUACAUUUUAUUUCAAUAGAGAUAAUUUUAAAAAAGGAAAAAAACAUUAUAAAGAGCUUAACGAAAUAUGCCCCAAAAAAUGCAAAACAGAAUAUGAAAAUAAUGAAAUAGAAGGGGAUAAUAUAGAAUUGAAUAUUUCAUCUAUUGAAAAAUUUCUUUAUUAUGAAAAAAUAGGGUUAGAAUAUAUUGAUAAGGUUUGUUUCAUUUUAUUAGCAGGAGGAUUAGGAGAAAGAUUAAAUUAUAAUGAUAUAAAAUUAAAAUUAUUAACUAGUAUAAUAUCCGAAAAAAGCUAUAUUGAAUAUUAUUGUAAUUAUUUAAAAAGCUUUCAAGAUUUUAUUAAAAAACAUAAAAAUAAAGAAAUGGAUAUACCCUUUAUAAUUAUGUUAUCUGAUGAUACUUAUGAAAGUACAGUAAAUUUUUUAGAAGAUAAUAAUUAUUUUUCUUUAAAAAAAAAACAAAUAUAUUUAUUAAAACAAAGAAAUGUUUUAUGCUUUAAAAAUAAUAAAUCUCAUUUAGAUUAUAUAUAUAAAAAUAAUACUUUUUAUUUGUCCAAAAAACCUCAUGGGCAUGGAGAUAUACAUACAUUAAUUAAAAAACAUAUACACUUAGAUGAUUUCAUUCAAAAGGGAUAUAACUAUUUAUAUUUUUUUCAGGAUACAAAUGCUUUAGCAAUAAAGGUUUUAUUUGUUUGUUUGGGUGUAUCUAUAGAAAAGCAAUUGCAUAUGAAUUUUUUAGCUAUAUCUCGAAAGCCUGGUGAAGAAAUAGGAACAAUAUGUAAAUUAACAAAUUGUGGAAAAACUAUAGAUGUUGUAAAUAUAGAAUACAAUAUUUUUGAAUCAAUACUAAAAAAUAUAUCAAAAAAAGAUCUUGUUGAUAAAGAUGGGUGGUCAUUAUACUCAGGUAAUACUAAUUCCUUGAUAUUUGAAAUACGAAAAUAUAAUGAAAUAUUAAAAAAAACAAAUGGAAUAGUACCAGAAUAUAUCAACCCAAAAUAUUCUGAUGAUACUAAACAAAAUUUUGUAAGUCCAGCACGAAUCGAAUGUAUGAUGCAGGAUUUUGUAUAUUUGUAUUUUUCUCAAAAUUGUAGCCAAUCAAAUGAAAAUGGCCAAACAAAUAAAAAUGGGCAAGCAAAUAAAAAUGGGCAAGCAAAUGAAAAUGGCCAAGCAAAUGAAAAUGGGCAAGCAAAUAAAAAUGGCCAAACAAAUAAAAAUGACCAAACAAAUAAAAAUGACCAAGCAAAUAAAAAUGACCAAGCAAAUGAAAAUGACCAAGCAAAUGAAAAUGGCCAAACAAAUAAAAAUGAAUGUGAGAAUAGUAGUAAAGUGGGUGUAACUGAAUUAAACCGAUUUUUAUGCUUUUCAGCAGUAAAAAAUAACAAAAUUAAUGCAAAAAAAAAAAUUCAAAACAAUAUACACCCAGAAUGUAUAUAUAGUGCAGAAGCUGAUUUAUAUUAUAGCAAUUGUGCUUUUAUAGAAUUAGCAUGUAUAUAUAAUAAAAAAAAUAAUAAUUUAGAAAAGAUGGGAAUUCAAAUUUUGAAUGGAACCCCAUAUAUUAUGCCACCUAAAGUAUUAAUUGAACCACAGUUUGCUUUUACAUUAACACAGCUAAUAAACAAAAUAAAAGGAAACAUAACCAUAAAGAAUAAUUCUACUUUAUGGAUAAAAUCCGAUGCAAUUAUUACAAAUUUAUAUUUAGAUGGUGCAUUAAUUAUUGAAAACACUAAUAAAGAGCCAAAUAAUAGUCCUAUUAUAUUGGAAGAAAAUUUGUAUAUAAAAAAUCAAGGAUUCCAAAUAGUAGAGCACCUUGAAAAAUCCAAAAAUAUUUCUGAAAAUUCAGAUAUAAGGGAUUAUAAAUUAGUGAAAAGAGCUGUUCUUGUGAUAAGUAGUUGA